GCGAAGCCUUCUAAAGGUUUUGAGACGACUCCAAGAUUGGACUCGGCCAAAGACCUGUAUAACGAAGCAAGUUUGCAGGGGGGAAGUCAAACAGGUUAUAACGACAUAAGGAUGUCUUUCCAUGCUGGCCAUGGAUGUCCGAGGGGAAGACCAGCAGCUCCGGGUCCAAUGUAUCAGCCCGCUCCCCCACGGUAUCACUACGACCCUCCAGCCGCUCCCGGUCCCAUCUAUAACCCUCAAGGCGGCAGUGGCUACAUGCCACCUCAUCCCGACUUCAUGCCAUUCCAUUUCCCUGCACCAUCACAUGGCUCUAACGCUCUGUCCCAAUGCCCCAUACGUCCACCGGUCUUCCCAGAGCCGCCCCCUUUUCCUCCACUUGCUCCUCACAACUCCGACAGCUCCGUUCCAGUUCAGAGCUCUUACCCCUACAUGAUGCCCACCAUCACCCCUCCACCCCUUCCACCUGUGCCACACUCAGUGCCACCUUCCAUGCCCUACCCACCAUCAUAUCCCAUGAGCUACCCUCCACAGCCACAGCUCCCUCCUCCACCGAGCUUCAACCCAGCUUACGUGCAGCCUGGAGGUUCCUUCAAACCUGAACGCUCCCGCCCGCCUCUGCAGUACAAGGCGGACUCCUGUUCUCGCUCACCUGAAAGACUUCGUCACCAUGAUGACCACCGGCACAGUGGCCACAGCUAUGGAGGAUAUGGAGGCCGACAUAACCGAGAGUUUGGAGGAGAGAAACGGGACAGAGGAUGCAGUUCAGAGCGCAGGCGGUCAGACAGCCCACGGUAUAAGGUGGACUAUGAACGAGGACGCGUGCCGUCGAGACACCGCAGCAGAGAACGCUAUCGGCAUAGAGAGGAGCCAGGUUCAUCCCCCUCAGACAGACACAGGAAACACAUUCGCAAUCGCUCAGGCAGUCGAGAGAGAAAGCGCCGACGUGUGGAGGAGGAGAAAGGGAGGAGAACAGACAGCGCCUCAAGCAGUCGAGAGAGAUCUGUAAACUACAGCAGGAGUAGAGACGCAGAGGAGACGUCUACUGACCGCCACGAGGAGGAGAAAGGAGAGGAGGAGUUACUCAAACCUGCCUGGAUACGCUGUACACAUGCUGAGAACUACUACUCAAACGAUCCCAUGGACCAAGUGGGUGACUCUACAGUCGUGGGCACUAGUAAGUUGAGAGAUCUGUAUGAGCGCUUUGAGGAAGAGCUUGGUCGGAGGCAGGUGCGGGCCAAAUCCAGUAGGCCUAAAUGGGAACCACCCAAGACCAAACUGGACCAGGAUCAGGAUGAGAGCUCCAGUGAAUCAGAAUGUGAUUCUAACGGAGGCGGUAGCAGCUGCUCCAGCAGUUCUGACUCUGAGGUAUUUGAUGUCAUUGCUGAGAUAAAGAGGAAGAAAGCUCAUCCUGACCGCCUCCACGAGGAGCUGUGGUACAAUGACGCCGGACAGAUGAAUGACGGGCCGUUAUGCAAGUGCAGUGCCAAAGCCAGGCGAACUGGAAUCCGACACAGUAUUUAUCCGGGUGAACAGCCAGUGAAAGCGUGUCGGCCGAUGAGUAACAAUGCUGGUAAACUGUUCCACUACAGAAUAACUGUGUCCCCACCCACCAACUUCCUAACAGAUAGACCCACGGUUAUUGAGUAUGAUGACCACGAGUACCUUUUUGAGGGCUUUUCCUGCUUCUCUCACACACCACUUACUAAUAUCCCUUUGUGUCGGGUUAUUCGCUUCAACAUCGAUUACACCAUCCACUUUAUAGAAGAGAUGGCACCUGAGAACUACUGCAUUAAAGGCCUGGAAUUGUUUUCCUCGUACCUCUUUAAAGACAUCUUGGAGUUGUACGAUUGGAACCUCACAGGUCCUGAAGAUAACGGCCAGUCAGGUUGUCAGAGGUUUCAUUUUAUGCCACGGUUCGUUCGGUUCCUCCCAGAUGGAGGAAAGGAGGUGCUGUCCAUGCACCAGGUGCUGCUGUAUCUGCUGCGCAGCAGCACAGCUCUAGUUCCCGAAGAGGAGAUCGCAAACAUGCUACAGUGGGAGGAGCUGGAGUGGCAGAAAUACGCUGAGGAAUGCAAGGGCAUGAUCGUCACCAACCCUGGCAUGAAACCCAGUUCUGUGAGGAUUGACCAGUUAGAUCGUGAGCAGUUCAAUUCCAGUGUCAUCACUUUCCCCAUCAUUGUGCAUUUUGGUAUCCGACCUGCCCAGCUUAGCUACGCUGGAGACCCGCAGUAUCAAAAGUUGUGGAAGAGUUAUGUGAAAUUGCGGCACUUGUUGGCCAACAGCCCGAAGGUUAAACAAAUUGAAAAACAGAAGUUAACGCAAAGAGAGGAAGCUCUGCAGAAGAUCAGGCAGAAGAAUACGAUGAGAAGGGAGGUCACUGUGGAGCUCAGCAGUCAGGGUUUCUGGAAGUCUGGUAUCCGCUCUGAUGUUUGCCAGCAUGCCAUGAUGCUGCCAGUUCUCACCCACCACAUCCGCUACCACCAGUGCCUGAUGCAUUUAGACAAGCUGAUCGGUUACAUGUUCAAAGAACGAUGCCUGCUGCAGUUGGCAAUGACUCACCCCAGUCAUCAUCUCAAUUUUGGGAUGAAUCCUGACCAUGCUCGCAACUCUCUGUCAAACUGUGGCAUACGCCAGCCCAAAUAUGGAGACCGGAAAGUGCAUCAUAUGUACAUGAGGAAAAAGGGAAUUAACACCUUGAUUAAUAUUAUGUCAAGAUUGGGCCAGGAUGACCCGUCACCCUCCAGAAUCAAUCAUAAUGAGCGGUUAGAGUUUCUUGGUGAUGCAGUUGUUGAGUUCCUGACCAGUGUGCAUCUCUACUACCUGUUCCCAAACCUGGAGGAGGGAGGACUCGCCACAUAUCGCACAGCAAUCGUUCAGAAUCAGCAUCUUGCUAUGCUUGCUAAGAAAUUGGAGUUGGAUCGGUUCAUGUUAUAUGCCCACGGCCCUGACCUGUGCAGGGAGUCAGACCUCCGACAUGCCAUGGCAAACUGUUUUGAGGCCCUGAUAGGGGCCGUUUACCUAGAAGGUGGUUUAGAGGAAGCCAAGCAACUCUUUGGGAGACUGCUGUUCAACAGUGAGGAGCUGAGGGACGUUUGGCUCAACUAUCCACCUCAUCCUUUACAGGUACAGGAGCCACUGACAGACAGGCAGUUGAUCGAGUCAUCUCCAGUUCUGCAGAAACUCACAAAUUUUGAGGAUGCCAUUGGAGUGCUGUUCACUCAUGCACGUCUCCUCGCACGGGCCUUCACUCUGCGAACAGUGGGCUUCAACCACCUCACCCUAGGCCACAACCAGAGGAUGGAGUUCCUGGGAGAUUCUAUCAUGCAGCUGGUGGCAACAGAAUAUCUGUUCAUCCACUUCCCAGACCAUCAUGAAGGACAUUUGACAGAUGUUGUGGCACGACCGAUAUACUGA